CAGUGGUCAGCAUGGCUUGAGGGCACAUACACUCCGAUGGCUACCCACAGAGAGGAUCGGACGCUCAACCUCCCAUAGACGCACUAUUGUGCGUGCUGAGAAGCUGGAUGCAGGGACAGAAGCAGAAGAUAUCACCAAAAAGCCCAACCCCAAGGAGACGACAGAGAAGUAUGGCCUGGAGGCCGGCCUGUGGCAGGUGUUCACAAACAAGGACCCGGAAACAGGCAAGAGCAAAGGGCAGCAGGCCAAGGACCUGCUCAAGCGAUAUGGCAGCGCCUACCUCAUCACCUCCAUCUCCUUUGCCAUUGUCUCCUUCGCAGCCUGCUAUGCCCUGGUCAGCGCAGGCGUGGAUGUGGGCGCGCUGCUUGCCAGGAUCGGGAUCAAUGUGAAUGCUACGAAUGAAAAGGUGGGCACAGUGGCCCUGGCCUAUGCAGCCCACAAGGCGCUGUCUCCUGUGCGCUUCCCACCCACAGUCGCAUUGACACCCGUGGUGGCACGGCUGCUUGGGAGGGACAAGGAUGGCAGCAAUCCCAGCGCCAGCAAUGGAACUGGGCAGUAAAGAAAUGCAGCAUGCAGUGUUGGAGAGUUGAGCUGACAGUAGCAGUGGCAGCAAAAACAGAAAGUGCAGUGCGUGGGCUAUCAUGCCUAUUACCCCAUUGCGAUGAGAGGAGAUUUAAGCAAAUCAGCAUAGCUUGUAUGAGCUUUUCAUUCUGCAGUCAUGUGUGUGUGGGAACCCUCCUGCAAUCAUUUCACGUGCACAUCGACAAAGACAGCAACGCUGCAGGAAAACCUUUCAGUACGCCCAAUGCUACAGAGCCCGAAGCUGCGGUGGUCCAGUGGGCUGUAGCCUGCCCAAAUCCAAAUCGAAAUGUAGAAUUUCGGUUUGGGGAUUCAGAGCGAAAACAAGCUUAAAGAUCGAUGAAGAACUUGGGAGUGGAUUAAAGUUGAUGUAAGGUCCAUGUGCGUACCACUCUAGUUGUCUUUUGACCCAUGCAUAUGUAUUCCAUGCAUGUAUUCCGUGUGAAGAAAGCAGUAUUUAAUUUCUUGAACUACCUGUAAUAGACUGUCAUUCAUCAACUGUCCGGAGAUCAUUUACAACUUGUGUGGCUAUGUAAGAUCCUGUUAGAGUCCAGCAGCCUUGAAAAUGCGCGGCAACACUGAGAGAUAUAUCUAGCUAUAUAGCUUGUUGACCACCUUGUGCACAGAAGCUCAAUCCACCAACAAAUUUGUGGCAUAAGGUCGAAAAUGUACAAAACAAUACUUCUGGAACUUGCUGACAUGAUCCUUGUUCAGUCAUGUCAGGGUCGCAAUCACUUCUCAUGACAUACUUCUGUACAAACGUCAACAAGCACUGCAAAGCAUGCUGCGCUUCGAGCGCACAGCCUGCAUGCUGCGCAGCUUAGAUCACGAGCGCUCUGGGCAGCCACCUGUCAUCCGGCGCUGGCUAUAAAUAGAGCUUUGCUAGAUUAAAAGGAAUCUGAACGCCCAACUUGCCGAUGUACCCCGGCCUUCCCUUUCAGCCUGUCAGCCAGGCCUCCACGCGGUUGGCCGCGCGCCGCGCAAAGCUCCCGCCCGCGGCAGUCGUCAUGCUCGGCGCCGCAGCCCGGCUGGCCGCCGUGCUCGACAGCGCGAAGAUUGACGGCCGGGUAAACGCUUCGAUGCCGGCCGGCGGCUGCGUUGGCGUCCGCUUGGCGGCCGC